UUAAGAGGUUGGCUAAUUUCUGUAUGGCGCAAGGUCCUGCGCCCGCGCAAAUAUACGUCCUACAGUACACAAUCACCAGGUGUGUUGGAAGCACGCGGAACGCUUAACGUUAGUGAUGUUGAUAUAGUGGUCGGAUUAUUAUAUAAUAAGAACAUUCACAAAGAUGGGUCACGACGAGAAGAAGGGCACCAUUAUUUUAGACAACUUCAACUCGACAGCUAAUUUAACAGCUAAUCCUGGAUUCCAGUCUACUCUGAGCCUCGGUUCAAAAGAUGUUAUUAAUGAGAAAGCGUACAAUCCUUUUGAACACAGAAAAGUGUCUCAUCCAAAUUCAACUAUUGGCUCCCUCGUACAUUUAUUAAAAUCAUCACUUGGCUCUGGUAUCCUGGCGAUGCCGGCAGCUUUCAAAAAUGCUGGAUUAGCCGUUGGAGCUUUUGGAACGAUUAUUAUUGGUUUUAUUUGUACGCACUGCGUGUAUGUUCUUGUUAAGACAUCUCAGGAAGUAUGUGUGGAAGCGAAAAAGCCGUCAAUGGGAUUCGCGGAGACCUGCGGAGCGGCUUUCGAAUUCGGACCAAAAAAACUAAGGCCUUGGGCGAAUUUUGCAAGAACUUUCAUCGAUUACACAUUAACUUGUACUUAUCUGGCUGCUUUGUGUGUUUACGUUGUGUUCAUCGCUGAGAACUUUAAAGAGGUUCUUGAUGAAUAUUAUCCCGAAUACAAACUCUCCGUGGAGGCGUACUGUGCGCUGACCCUUGUUCCUCUCGUUCUAAUCUGUCAAAUAAGGAAUUUGAAAUGGCUGGUGCCAUUUUCUGCUGUAGCAAACAUCUUCUUAGUGAUCUGCUUUGCCAUUACUAUGUAUUACAUAUUCGAUGAUUUGCCCAAUCCUGCCGAAAGGCAAAUGGUUGCUAGUUUUACGCAAUGGCCAUUAUUUAUAAGUACCGUUAUCUUCGCUAUGGAAGGCAUCGGAGUGGUGAUGCCAGUUGAAAACGAGAUGGCGAAACCACAACAGUUUCUGGGAUGCCCUGGAGUUCUUAACGUCGCCAUGACAAUCGUAAUUUCCUUGUACGGUAUUGUCGGUUUCUUUGGAUAUAUCAAGUAUGGAGACACUGUACGCGGAAGUGUUACAUUAAAUCUCCCACAAGACGAAAUUUUGGCCCAAAGCGCGAAGAUCUUGAUGGCUCUCGCUAUUCUAUUUACUUAUAGUCUACAGUUCUACGUGCCAAUGGAAAUGAUCUGGCGUGAAUUGCACUCUAAGAUCUCUAUAAAAUACCACAACUUCAUGCAAAUUACUAUCAGAACUACCGCUGUCGUAGGGUCAGUUGCUAUUGCUGCCGCCUUUCCUGAUUUGGAGCUAUUCAUCAACUUAAGCGGAGCUGUAUUCCUCUCAAGUCUUGGACUUUUGACGCCAGCAAUAGUAGACACAGUUCACAACUGGAAUCGGGGUCUGGGAAAAUACAAUUGGAUUUUAUGGAAAAAUAUCCUGGUAAUAAUGUUAUCGUUCAUUGCUUUGUUCGCUGGAUCUUACGUAUCAAUAGUUGGCAUAGUCGAAAAAUACAAUACCACACACAAUUUGGAAUCCAAUAUGAACUCAACUCUAAGGACAUAAAAUAUUUUAUACAACAUUAUUGUGAUAAAAAUGUUAAUUAUUAGCGAGGUUCUUAAUACUUCUGCAAAUAAAUUCUAACGAGAAUAGGACGGUGCACUUAAGGUCCAUUAAAUAUGUAUUAUUAAAUUGCCUUAAGUUAUUAUUAUAUUUUUAAUGUACAUAUAUAAGUAUAAUGUGAUUUUAGUAUUAAGUAUUGUACAAAAUAAUGUCUUUUUCAUAAUCAUAAAAACAACAUAGUAUAGAAGUUGAUAUCAAAAUCAUAAAUUAACCACCAAAAAAUUACUUUGACAUUUUAAUAUUUUUUACGAAAUGAAAUUUCAAAGCUUUGCAUGAAAAUUUUCACUUGUUUCCAUAGUAUAGAAAUGUUUGAUAAAAAAUACUUUUUAUGAAUAAUAACGUAUACGUAAAUAAUUAACAAUGACUUUAAGGAUAUUAUAAAAAUCUAGUUAUAAGUUAAACAUAACUCGAUAUAUAGUAAAACAUUUUUGACCAUUAUGUAAAAUAUUUGCACUAAAAAAAUAUUUUCUGUUAUUUCUAUUGACGAAAAUAUUUUUACUUCAAUAGAAAAAAUCCAUUUCACAAAUAUGUCCACCGAAUGGUUUAGGUUUGUUUAUGUUAUCUGAAUUUUGACAAUGAAACAAAAUUUUCAUUUAUUCCUAGAAUUUCAAACAUGCUAUAAAAAUUUGCUUAGAUUAUAAUUUUACUUUACACAUUUUUCGUAAUAUUUCAAUAACCAUUAGAUAACUGGUAAGAUAUUAUAAUGAAAACAGUACAAUGUUUCAAAUAUAUGUAUAUUGACAUAUAAAUAAAAGCUAAGAACUUUUGUAUUUUGACAUUGUGAUAUUUAUUUCUAAACAAAUAUUUUGUAGGGUAAUAAAAGUUUUUAUUAUUA